AUGCUGCGCCUUCGCGCUUGCGGCGGCACGGCGCCGGCGUCGGUGCCCACGCUCGUCAGGGCCCGCCUCUCCAGGCGAGCCUCCUCCGCAGCCUCCGCCGCCGCCACCGUCGCCUCCGCUUCCUCCUCUUCGUCCGCCCUGGAAGAGCUCGCCGCCGAACGCAGAGGUUUGGCAAAGGUCGUUUUAAAGAAGGGGAAGACCCAAAUAUUCCGAGAUGGAAGCCCAAUGGUGUACAGCGGUGCUGUUGAUAGAAUAAUCGGUCGACCUCCUCCGAAAUCUGGUGAUGUUGUUCUGGUAGCUGAUGGGACAGAGAAACCUAUUGGAUGGGGUCUCUAUAACUCUGUGUCUAUGUUUUGUGUUCGGUUGAUGCAGCUAGAAGAAGAGGCAAGAAGAGAUCCCACAUGCACACUAAAUAUGGAAAGGCUGCUUGAAGCAAGGAUUUCAUCUGCUGUUGAUUUGCGGCGCAGUUUGGGUCUCCCUUCUGCUGACACAAAUGCUUAUCGCCUCAUCAACAGUGAAGGAGACAGAUUGUCUGGUCUAAUAGUGGACAUCUUUGCUGAUGUUGCUGUCAUUGCUUCAUCUGCUGCUUGGGUUGAGAAAUACAGGCAAGAAAUACAAUUUCUUGUUAGCAAGGUCAUGGAGAAUGGCAUUGUCUACUUAGUCUCAUUAGAGGGUCAGAAGACAGGGUUUUAUGCAGAUCAACGGGAAAACCGCUCUUUCAUAUCAUUACUUUCAAAGGAUCAUUGUGGUGGCUUUGCUCUUAACGCAGCUAAGGGUGGUGCUAAUAAUGUCAUUGGCAUUGAUUCAUCAGGAUUGGCACUAGACCUUGCCAAUGAGAAUAUCGUUCUCAAUGAGCUAAACCAUGGAAAAAUCUCAUUUGUAAAAGGAGAUGCAACUACAUUCAUGAAAGGAGCUAUCUCAGAAAAUGAGCUGUGGGACUUGGUAAUCCUUGACCCUCCAAAGUUGGCGCCGCGAAAGAAGGUGCUACAAAGUGCAUCCGGUAUGUAUAGAAGCUUGAACACGCUUGCAAUGCAAGUGGUGAAGCCAGGGGGGUUACUCAUGACAUGCUCUUGUUCUGGAGCUAUGACCCAAAGUGGCAUGUUCCUCAAAACCAUUCAGGGUGCUGCAUCAAUGACUGGCCGUAAGGUUACGGUCUUACGUCAAGCUGGGACAGCCUGUGAUCACCCCAUCGACCCUGCAUACCCUGAGGGCCAGUAA